GUGAGGCUAGUAGAGUAUUAGCACUAGUCGACGACAUAAGUAAGUACCUAGGAAACGACCAGAAGCCGACCAGUGGACAUCAACCAGUGGCUACACCAGCCCAUAUGUCUACACCGACGCACAUGUCUACACCAGCCCAUAUGUCUACACCAGGAAGCACAUGUCUACACCAGCCCAUAUGUCUACACCGACGCACAUGUCUACACCAGCCCAUAUGUCUACACCGACGCACAUGUCUACACCAGCCCAUAUGUCUACACCGACGCACAUGUCUACACCGACUCAUAUGUCUACACCGACGCACAUAGCCAAUAGUUACCAGCGAGAAGACACAGUCGAUAAUACAAUCAACAUGGGGGUACCAGGUGGUGCCGAGGCAGUCUACAGUCAGUCGUCUACGCCCCGGGCACAGUCAGUCUCUCAAGCAGCUGCGGCAGUCUGUUGUCAACACCAGAGGCAAGUCAGUGGCAGCCCGGGACUAAACUUUUCAUACCGGGACAAAAACGCAUCGAACGACCUGUACACUAACGAUGAUUACGUCCUGAUUACGGCUUUCGACCAUCAGACGGAACCAGAGAACUUCAUGUUUCCAUCUGUCGAGGCAAACAACAAUAACAUUCAGCUGCAAGACGUCAACCAGAUCAACGGCAAUACGUGUUACAUGACUGAGGGGUCGACUGGAUCACCUUUUCGUCAGGGAGGGUUUACGGGGCAACCUCACUCUGCCGCCGCCCACCAGCAGCAGCCUGUGAGAGGUCAUCUAUAUCAACCUCCUCGGCUCCUUCCUAGAAGCACGGCAUUGGCGUCGAGGAGCCAUUCCGUCACUGGGUUACCGACGCCUAUGGAAAGACACGGUUUGUAUCACGACGAAUGCUCUGAGUUAUACCGCUAUAUGGAUUCCUGCUCGCACCAGAUACACGCCUUGUGUAUGGAGAGUGAGAACAACACUCAGGGCUCCCAGACGUCGAUCUCCCAGCUGUCGAAUAUCGCCUCAUCGGGAUACCAGAGCUUCGCCUAUUCCCAGUCUUCCUCCCCUGUUGAUCCCCUCCUACACACUGACAAUUCGAGCUUGUUGUCUCGUGAGAAUGGGAAUCCUGGUGUACUGGGGUUGAGACAAGUUCUCCACGCGUCCCCUUUAGCCUCGCCUCUGCAUCUCCCAGCUACCACCACUAGGCAUCGCGCCGUGGCUGUACAUCUGGCUUACUUAGGUCACGCCGGUCACGUGUCGCUUCAUGGUACGCCUAGACACAAUCCCAAAGUCACUCAGCCUCAAGGCGGUCCGUAUAGCAGCCUCAGCACCUCCCAGAGUGUAGAGGACCUCACGUCCCUAAGUCGAGGCCGCACACGCCAACGCCGCUCUGCUUCAUCCUCUUCCGAUUCCUCCCCUGACUCCCGACCUUCCUCACGCUCUCACGCCCAUUCUCGCCGCCCCCACGCCCACCCUCCCCGCUCCAAUCCCCACUGCUCUCCUUGCUUGGCACCGUCUCCCGCGUUGAGGCAGGAGCUAAGAGCCAGAUCACAUCAUGAGCGGAGCAUUAGCGGAAGAAGGGGAAGGAAUUAUAGAUCCUGCGACAGAGAGGACUUCCCCCGAGGACCCUCCCACUGUUACCAGGACUCCGAGGAUGAUGUAAAUACGUGGUGUUCAGGAGGGAACAGUGUGGGCAGCUGGUCGAAGGAUGUGAGACGCAUUACCCAGUACCAGACGCCCCACACUACGGCUCCACCUCAAGUACUGGACCAGCAGGAAGUUCAAAUGAGAGUUAUUGUUGAGAGGUUAAUGAAUAUGGAACAAGAGUUUCGCCACGAACAAGAGGUGAUGCGUAGAGAAAUGCACAACAAAGACGCCCGCAUUGACGCCCAGGCCAAGAAGAUCGCUGCCUUGGAUUGCGCAAACACCCAGCUCGUCCGCACGAUCGCUUCGCUUAAUACACGGCCAGGGGAGUUGAAGCAUGAACAGCGUGGGGACGUGACCCUCGACUCCUGCAAUGC